UUCGUUGAGGGGAAUCGAGAAACCGUAAGCAAAUUCUCUUAUUUCACUCGGCGACAAAAACUCGGUUGAUGAAAACCCACCCACACGUUCACUUGCUGCCAAAGUGGCACUAGCCGCAACAACAGUCGUAUGACGUCAGUUUAUAUGCACUGGGCGCAGAGACACCGGUUCAUUUGUUAAAAAAGCCUGUUCAUAAUGAUUCGUGUAGGUAAAUUAAUUUUGAUUUGUUUAGCGUGUGUUAUUGCCACAACUAGUAGUACAAAAUCUAGAAGAAAUGUCGAGGAGCUCAACGAGGACAAUUGGGAUCGCAUGCUGACUGGAGAGUGGAUGGUGGAGUUCUUCGCCCCUUGGUGUCCGGCGUGCAAGGACCUGGAGCCUAUUUGGGCGCAUUUAGGGGAUAGAAAGGGAGAGCUUGGCAUUAGUGUGGGAAAAGUCGAUGUCACCGACUCACCGGGGUUAAGCGGCAGGUUUAUGGUCACCGCGCUGCCCACGAUCUAUCACGUUAAAGAUGGGUUAUUCAGGCAAUAUAAGAGCCCCAGGGAUAGAGAUUCCCUAGUCAACUUUGUGAGAUCCAAAACGUGGGUGAAAGUCGAACCGAUCUCCAGCUGGAAGAGUCCCACCUCCAUCCAAAUGUCGAUUAUCAGUCAAUUUUUUAAAAUGUCCCAAGUUCUGAGGGCAAUUCACACAAAAUUAAUGGAAGAUUUCGGCCUGCCAACGUGGGGAAGUUACCUGAUUUUCGCAAUCGCCACGAUAAUCAUCGGUGCAAUACUAGGACUCCUGAUCGUGUGCAUAAUCGACUUCAUCUACCCACCAAAACCAGCAAAAUCUCAAAAUUACACGAGAAAGGGGAAAGAGUCUGGGGAUCGGAAAGACAAAGCUUCCGAUGAUGAGGACUUUAUUGAGAAUGUGAAGGACGAUUUGGUCGACGAAGAAGGGAGUGAGUCGGGCAAAGAGGCUGAGAAGUCGGAGAAAAGUGAAAAAGCGACUGAGGCCAGUGCUAGCAGUCCCAACGCUCGCAAACGCAAACCUCGCAAGGCCGAUUAAAUAGACUCGUCAUUACCUUCUCCAUCGAUACCUCCAUUUUAAUGCAAAGAACUCAAUAGGUCUUUAGUUUUUUUAUAUUUUGGCAGUUAUUAUUAUUAUCAUUAUUACUAUUAAUUCUUUCGUAACGUCAAUUCCUCAUUUUUUAUCAUAAGAAGAACAUAGGAUUUUAUAAUCGAAUUUAGGAAUUGUAAUGAGAUUAAAUAUUUCCAUUUGGAUGUCAGAAAAAUUGAAUCAUCCUGUAAUGAAAAAAUGAAACGUGAUAAGUCGAUAAAUUUUCUUCAAUCUGCAAUUUUUUCAAGAAUUUGUGAUUUUUUGAGUGAAGAUUCUGUUAUUCACUUAUUACGUUGUACCCACUCCAAUUCAUAAUUAUUUCUGUUCAAUAGAUAUUCAUUCCAGCUUGAGUGGCAUUUUUCGAAUAUUAAUUAUACAUUGAGUAAUAUAAUGUUUUCUUAAUGAAAUAAAAUUUGAUAUUUAAACAAACAA